AUGGCCAUAUCCAAGGCACUUGAAGUAGCUGGCUCGCCAAAAUUCUUGACUAAAGAAGAACGUGCUAAAUUGGCUUUGGAGCGAAGACAAAAAGAUGUAGAGGAACAACGUCAAAAACAAGAAGAGGAAAGACGUCAUAAAGAUGAAUUUCAAAGAAAAGCUAGGGAUGAAGCUCGACAAAGUUAUGGUAGAGAUCGUCGAGAUUAUUAUGACCGUUAUGAUCGUGAUAAAUAUGAUCGUUACGAUCGUGAUCGAAUAAAAGGAAGAGAUAGAGAUGGUAAUGACAAACAUCUAAACAAUAAAAAUAAUGAUGAUGAUACUUCAAAGAUGGAUGAUAAGGAAUUACAAGCAAUCAGGGAACGUUAUAUGGGUGGUGAACGUAAAAAACGUAAAAUACGUAAAAUGAAUGAGAAGAAAUUUGUUUUUGAUUGGGAUGCUGGCGAAGAUACUUCACAAGAUUUUAAUCCUUUAUAUGCAAAUAAACACAAUGCUCAAAUGUUUGGACGUGGUCAUUUUGCUGGUAUUGAUAUUAAGGAGCAAAAAAGAGAUCGUGCAUCAUUCUAUAAUCAAUUAUUAGAACAAAGAAGAACUCUUGAUCAGAAAGGUCGAGCUGAAGAGAAAAUGGAGAUUGAUAGGCGAAAAGAAUUGAAAACCAUGUGGGAUGAUCGACACUGGUCAGAAAAACCUUUAACAGAAAUGAAGGAGAGAGACUGGCGUAUAUUCAAAGAAGAUUUCAAUAUUACAACUAAAGGUGGCAGUAUUCCAAAUUCUAUAAGGUCAUGGAAGGAAUCUGGUUUACCACAAAGAAUACUUGAUCUUAUUGAAAAUAUUGGAUAUAAGGAACCAACACCUAUUCAACGACAAGCUAUUCCUAUAGGUUUACAAAAUAGAGACAUCAUUGAUGGUCCCUAUGCUUUAAUUUUGGCACCAACUCGUGAAUUGGCUCAACAAAUUGAGCAAGAGACUAUGAAGUUUGCUGCUCCUAUGGGGUUCAAUUGUGUUUCAAUUGUUGGUGGUCGUGCUGUUGAAGAACAAGCUUUUAAUUUAAGAAAUGGAGCAGAAAUAAUUAUUGCCACACCUGGUCGUUUGAAAGAUUGUUUGGAUAGACGUAUUUUAGUUCUUAACCAGUGUACUUAUGUUGUAAUGGAUGAAGCAGAUCGUAUGAUAGAUAUGGGGUUUGAAACAGAUGUAAAUGUAAUUUUGGAUGCUUUACCAGUUUCUAAUGUUAAGCCAGAUACUGAAGAAGCUGAAAAUCCAGUUGAAAUGUUAAAAAAAAUUGGUACAAAGGAACGUUAUAGACAAACUGUCAUGUUUUCAGCAACAAUGCCUCCUGCAGUAGAACGUUUAGCUAAAAGAUAUUUGAGAAGACCUGCUGUAGUUACUAUUGGUACAGCUGGUCAAGCAGUAGAUACUGUUGAACAAAGAGUUGAAAUGAUAACUGAUGAAGGCAGAAAGAAGGGAAGAUUAUUGGAGAUUUUACAAGGUUCAUUUGAUCCACCAAUAAUCAUAUUUGUUAAUCAGAAAAAAGGCUGUGAUGUUCUUGCUAGAGCAUUAAACAAACUAGGGUAUCGAGCAACUACACUUCAUGGAGGUAAAACACAAGAACAAAGAGAAAGUGCUUUAGCACAACUUAAGAAUGGCACAAUGGAAAUACUUGUUGCUACUGAUGUUGCAGGACGUGGUAUUGAUGUAAAGAAUGUUUCAUUAGUUAUUAACUAUGAUAUGGCCAAAAAUAUUGAAGAUUAUACACAUCGUAUUGGUCGUACGGGUCGUGCUGGCAAGUAUGAUUUAAAGCAAAUGAUUAUGAAAUCGCCAAUAUCUCGUGUUCCUCCAGAAUUGGCUUCUCAUCCAAAUGCUAUAGCAAAACCUGGAACUUAUGUAUCUAAACGAAGUGGGUUUUCAGAUUACACACCUGGAUCCAAUAGAAUCUCUAGCGGUAGUGUAAAUUCCAAUAUAUCUGAUUAUUCUAUAGCUGAAGAACAUUUUGGAUCUUUUUAUGGAAAUAUUGAUGAAACAUCACAAGUUACUGGCAGAUUAAUUAGGCAUGUUACCAUUAAACAAUUACUUAACGCUGAAAUAAGUGAUGAUAAUACUGUAAUUAAAAUUGAUGACCAUGAAGUUGGAUAUGUUAGUACAAAUGUUUCAUCUUAUACUUCUAACACUGACUAUAUAAUGGAAGAUGGUAGUGGAUUGAUUGAUGUAAAGAUUUGGCAGGAUAAUGAUCAUGAGAUGACCACAAAUAAUGAUAUAAAAGAAAAUAUAUAUGUUAGAGUGGUUGGAAAUCUAAAAACUUUUAACAAUAUACGACAUGUGAUAGCUUUGCAAAUAAAACCUCUUGAAGAUUUUAAUGAGAUCAGUUGUCAUAUAGCUCGUGUUGUCUAUGAACAUUUGUACUUUAUAAAAAAUGUAUCUCGUGCGCUCCUUAAAGAAAAUGAUAUUCGAAUAAAUAGUAUUAAUACAAUCACAAGUUCAAGUUCGAGUUAUCAACCAGACUUUAAUCAAGAAAGCAUUACUAGGACAAGUCCAAUUUAUCAAUCAGAGUUUAGAUCCAAUAGUAAUAUCAGCACACAGAAUUUAAAGAAUCAAUUAUACAGAGACAUAAUUAGUUAUGUUACUAGUAAUUCUGAUGAUGUCACAGGAGUUGAUGUUGCUCAAAUGGCCAAAGUAUUAUCAAAAAAUCAUAAAUCUGAUGAUAUGGUUGUCAUAAAUGCUGUUGAUCAAAUGUGUUCGGAAGGUCAACUUCACAGCACUUGUGAUGCCAAUCAUGUUAAGCUUUCAGCUUUUUAA